UGACUGAAGAACCUCUGACUGUUGAACCUCUGACUGUUGAACCCCUGACUUUCGAACGCCUGACUGUUGAACCUCUGACUGUAGAACCUCUGACUGUUGAACCCCUGACUGUAGAACCUCUGACUGUUGAACCUCUGACUGUAGAACCUCUGACUGAAGAACCCCUGACUGUAGAACCACUGACUGUUGAACCUCUGACUGCUGAACCUCUGACUGUAGAACCUCUGACUGUAGAACCUCUGACUGCAGAACCCCUGACUGUUGAACCCUUGACUGAAGAACCUCUGACUGUUGAACCCCUGACUGUAGAACCUCUGACUGUUGAACCUCUGACUUUAGAACCCCUGACUGAAGAACCCCUGACUGAAGAACCUCUGACUGUUGAACCCCUGACUUUCAAACUCCUGACGGUAGAACCCCUGACUGAAGAACCCCUGACUGAAGAACCUAUGACUGUAGAACCUGUGACUGUAGAACCUCUGACUGUUGAACCCCUGACUGUAGAACCUCUGACUGUUGAACCUCUGACUGUAGAACCUCUGACUGUAGAACCUCCUACUGUUGAACCUCUGACUGUUGAACCCCUGACUUUCGAACCCCUGACUGUAGAACCCCUGACUGAAGAACCCCUGACUGUAGAACCCUUGACUGAAGAACCUCUGACUGUUGAACCCCUGACCGAAGAACCCCUGACUGUAGAACCCUUGACUGAAGAACCUAUGACUGUAGAACCUGUGAUUGUAGAACCUCUGACUGUUGAACCCCUGAUUGUAGAACCUCUGACUGUUGAACCUCUGACUGUAGAACCUCUGACUGUAGAACCUCCUACUGUUGAACCUCUGACUGUUGAGCCCCUGACUGUAGAAGCCCUGACUGUAGAAUCCCUGACUGAAGGACCUCUGACUGUUGAACCCCUGACUGAAGAAUCUCUGACUGUAGAACCCCUGACUAAAGAACCUCUGACUGUAGAACCUCUGACUGUAGAACCUCUGACUGAAGAACCUCAGAGUGUUGAACCUCAGAGUGUUGAACCUCUGACUGUUGAAACUCUGACUGUUGAACCCCUGACUGUUGAACCCCUGGCUGUAGAACCUCUGACUUUUGAACCUCUGACUGUAGAACCUCUGGCUGUAGAACCUCCUACUGUUGAACCUCUGACUGUUGAACCCCUGACUGUAGAAGCCCUGACUGCAGAAUCCCUGACUGAAGAACGUCUGACUGUAACCCCUGACUGUUGAACCCCUGACUGUGGAACCCCUGACUGUGGAACCCCUGACUGUGGAACCUCUGACUGUUGAACCUGUGACUGUUGAAUCUCUGACUGUUGAACCCCUGACUGUGGAACCCCUGACUGUGGAACCUCUGACUGUUGAACCUCUGACUGUUGAACCCCUGACUGAAGAACCUCUGACUGUUGAACCUCUGACUGUUGAACCCCUGACUGCAGAACCCCUGACUGAAGAACCUCUGACUG